AAUGUAUGACAACAUGUCCACGAUGGUGUAUAUAAAGGAAGACAAGUUGGAGAAGCUUACACAGGAUGAAAUUAUUUCUAAGACAAAGCAAGUGAUUCAGGGGCUGGAAGCUCUGAAGAAUGAGCACAAUUCCAUUUUACAAAGUUUACUUGAGACACUGAAGUGUUUGAAGAAAGAUGACGAAAGUAAUUUGGUGGAAGAGAAAUCAAACAUGAUCCGAAAGUCACUGGAAAUGUUGGAGCUUGGCCUGAGUGAGGCACAGGUUAUGAUGGCUUUGUCCAAUCACCUAAAUGCUGUUGAGUCCGAGAAACAGAAACUACGUGCACAGGUUCGUCGGCUGUGCCAGGAGAAUCAGUGGCUGCGGGAUGAACUGGCCAAUACACAGCAGAAAUUACAGAAAAGUGAGCAGUCUGUGGCUCAACUGGAGGAGGAAAAGAAGCAUCUGGAAUUCAUGAAUCAGUUAAAAAAAUAUGAUGAUGACAUCUCUCCAUCCGAGGACAAAGACACUGAUUCCACCAAAGAGCCUCUGGAUGACCUUUUCCCAAAUGAUGACGACGACCCCGGUCAAGGAAUCCAACAGCAGCAUAGCAGCGCGGCGGCAGCUGCGCAGCAGGGUGGCUAUGAGAUCCCAGCGCGGCUGCGUACCCUCCACAACCUGGUCAUCCAGUACGCCUCUCAGGGGCGCUAUGAGGUGGCUGUGCCGCUCUGCAAGCAGGCCCUGGAGGACCUGGAGAAGACUUCCGGCCAUGACCACCCAGAUGUGGCCACCAUGCUAAACAUCCUGGCCUUGGUGUACAGAGACCAGAAUAAAUACAAAGAUGCUGCCAAUCUACUGAAUGAUGCCUUGGCCAUCCGUGAGAAAACUUUGGGCAAAGAUCAUCCCGCGGUGGCAGCAACUCUGAAUAACCUUGCAGUGCUUUAUGGCAAAAGAGGGAAGUACAAGGAGGCUGAGCCGCUGUGUAAAAGAGCUCUGGAGAUCAGAGAAAAGGUUUUGGGGAAGGAUCACCCUGACGUUGCCAAGCAGUUAAACAACUUGGCUUUACUGUGCCAGAAUCAGGGCAAGUACGAAGAAGUCGAAUAUUAUUAUCAAAGAGCUCUGGAGAUCUACCAAACAAAACUGGGGCCUGAUGACCCCAACGUGGCCAAAACGAAAAAUAACCUGGCAUCCUGCUAUCUGAAGCAAGGAAAAUUCAAGCAAGCAGAAACACUGUACAAAGAGAUUCUCACUCGUGCACAUGAAAGGGAGUUUGGUUCUGUAGAUGACGAAAAUAAACCCAUUUGGAUGCACGCUGAAGAAAGAGAAGAAUGCAAAGGAAAGCAAAAGGACGGGACAUCUUUUGGAGAGUAUGGCGGCUGGUACAAAGCCUGCAAAGUUGAUAGUCCAACUGUUACAACUACUUUGAAAAACCUUGGGGCACUUUACAGACGUCAAGGCAAAUUUGAAGCUGCAGAAACAUUGGAAGAAGCAGCCAUGAGGUCCCGCAAACAGAGAGUAGCUGAAGUGCUGAAUGACCCUGAGAACGUGGAGAAGCGGAGGAGCCGCGAGAGCCUCACUGUGGACGUGGUCAAGUACGAGAGCGGCCCUGAUGGAGGGGAGGAAGUGAGUAUGAGCGUAGAGUGGAACGGGGAUGGCACUGGAUCUUUAAAGCGCAGUGGCUCCUUUAGCAAACUCCGAGCUUCAAUUAGACGCAGCAGUGAGAAGCUGGUUAGGAAGCUGAAGGGAGGAAGUUCUCGAGAGAGUGAGCCAAAGAACCCCGGCAUGAAGCGUGCCAGUUCUCUGAAUGUCCUUAACGUGGGUGGCAAGGCCGCUGAAGACCAUUUCCAAGAACGAAAUAAUUGUCUGGCAGACUCUCGUGCUCUGAGUGCCAGCAACACUGAGCUGGCCCGCUGAGGGUCGAGGCUGAGCUAGAUAAAAUCCCCGAGACUAAUGGAGCACUGAGCCCUCAAAGCUUUGCCGAGCCCCCUCCCCUAACUCUGCAGGGGACCCACCACCUGGGUCACUUGCUUCUCUAGAUAGUGAUCCUCCACCGCCUCGCCUCGUGGAGGCCUGCCCUGAAUUCUGUUAAGCUGUCUGCAGUCCUAGCGACCAGGAGCUGCCGGAGCGUGAGCGUGAGACCGGCCGGGCCUGGCGGUCAGGGAGGCCGAUGUGGCGCUGGCAGCUGGCUUCCCCACGUUUGGAAUGGGCCGCUGCUCACGGACUACACCGGAAUCUGUUGUGCGUGUUAAUGUAUACUAAGGCUGUAACCUAAGACUGGAACCUUACGCUGCAUCCUUUCAGAAUAAGCAUCUGAUGAUCUGUGGCAGAGCUGCCUGGAAUUCAGAGAGGGGGUGCUAAGAAGCAGGGGAGACGGGUAGCAUGCUGGUGGGUCUGGGUCCCCACCGGGUCCCCACUCCUGCAGUGUGGCACAUCCACGUGCCUUGCCAGACGCCCCGUGGGCUCCCAGGCCUGCCCCUUCGGAGCCCCUUUUCCCCCUGCUGGUCCCUGAGUGCUGAGCAUGUAGAGAUGCAGGUUUUAUGUUGAAAAAGGUUUUCUUUGUCAACAUGGGUUAGGUUUUGAUGGAAACAUUGCCCAGCGUACCCUGCAGCCCUGCCCCUCAAUAGAUGUGUGAGUCAAGCUGGUAGCUUUAGAAAAUCCCGAGCAGAUGACGAGGGGGUUGGUGGCACCCAGAGACAGGUGCCUGUGGGUCUGGCCCGUGGCCUCUGUGGCUGUGCCUCUUUGCUCAGCGCUCGACCGUCCCAAUUUGCAGCUUCUGGUGGACGAGGAACUGACUUUGUAAACGCUGUCCAGGGCCGGUCUGCACAUGGGGUGGAUCGGGAGACACGCAAGGAAAGAACGCGCACAGCGUGUCCCCGCAGAGGCACUGUGCGCUCUGCAGUCCGUCUGGGUGUGGAGGCCGCUGGGAGGGCUGGGGGGGCUGACUGGAAGCUGCCCCAUGUCGGGUCAUCCUUCCCCAACCCCCGUCCCACCGCCCCGCCGUCAGAAGUGCUCUCUGGUGCCACGAAGCUGAUCCAGUACGUCGGAAACCUAGCCGGGUUCCCUUACUGACGCUUCUCUGGAGGAACAGGGCGUUUGGGAAGGAUGAACACGGGGUGAGAAUAGGAUUUCAUGUUGGGCCCCAAGGGGUACGGGCAGGCCUUUGUUGGCCUUGCCUCUCUGAGGGCGCCAGUGGCCUCCUUUAGACCCAGCCCGUAAGAAACCUUCCUGCCCCCGGGACGCUGCCUGCAGAUCUGUGCUUUCUGAACUUGGACAAAACAGGAGCCUGGUUGUCACUGCUUCAUUCAAGUGUGCAUGUUCACGUUCUCGGAGGGAGUAGUGCGGGCAGCGUGCUUUCCUUUCUGGGGGAGGGGACCCUUGGAGCGCCAGCCCCCCCGGUACCUAGUGCCUGUGGUUCCAGGCCGUGGCCACAGGCCGGACGGGGAGUGGACCGGGGUUGCACCGUGUGCAGAGCCCUUCGUGGGCCUGUCGGAGGUGGAGGCUGUGGAGGGCCGGGCCUUCCGACCCUCCCAGCUCUUCCCAAGGUGCUGGACCCGGCAGCCUGAGGUGUGCUCACUCAGUGAGCGGGACCAGCGGGCUGUUUCUGGGGCGCUCACUCGGUGUUUGCAGUGUUGGGGGAGUCACUGAUGUCUUGGAGUUAAAAAAAAUUGUCAUUUGUUCAGAAAGCUGCUAAGAAUAUCAUGUAAUGAGAAAUUCAUUGUUUAUGGCAGCGUAUAAAUAUUGCUAAAAAUAUAUAGUUUACAGUUUAUAGAAGAUAUCGUUCAUAGUCCUAACUUUAUAGAAUGUUCUGGGGGAGCACAUUGCAUAGAUGUGGCUGUAUUCUGAUGUUUCUACUUGCACUUCUUUCUGAGUAGUGCACUGGAUGGUCGUCAGACUCCUGGAAACUAUACGGUGGUGCGUGAUCGCACCUGCCAAGGGUGAGGCUCCAGUCAGCUGAGGGAGUCUGGUCAGGGCAGAAGGCAUCACACGUGUGACUGGGGCAGUCCUAGAGACAGGCUC